AUGGCGUCUCCCAGCCAGACACAGGGCUCAGCGCCGCCGACCAGCACUCCACCUGGCGAUUCAGGUCCAGCAAACGGAGCCUCUGGCCCAUCCACCUCGCAGGCCCAGGGCAAUGCGACCACCACAGCCACGACCACGGCAGCCCCGAUACCCGCGACAACCACGCAACCACCACAAAUUCCCUCGACCUCUCUCCACGACAGCGGCAAGUCUCGCCGACCGCGCGACGUGCGCCUCGUCCACAUGCUUCUCGCCUCGCUGGGGGUAACCGCGUACCAAGAGCGAGUGCCGCUCCAACUCCUCGAUUUCGCAUACCGCUACACAUCGAACGUCCUCCAAGACUCCGUGCACCUCGCCACAGAAGGAUACGCCAACGCUGGCGAAGGCACAACGGGCAAGGGGUCUAGCGGCGAGCUCAGCAGCGUGACUUUGCCCGCGUUGCGGCUGAGCAUCGCCUCGCGCCUGCACUACCAGUUCCAGGCGGGGCUGCCGAAGGAGUUCCUGAUGGAUCUCGCGGCGGAGAGGAAUCGGAUUGCGUUGCCUGGUGUGUCGAGGGGGUAUGAUGCCGCUGCGCAGGCUGGUGGCCCUGCUGCUGCGGCGGACCAGAACGUGAUCAUGGCUGGUAUUCGACUGCCGCCGGAGCGCUUCUGUCUUACUGGCGUCGGGUGGAAUAUGUUGGAUGAAUGGGAUAGCGAGGGCGAGGUUGAGGAGGAGAUGCCUGAUGCACUAGAGAAGGGCAAAAAUGAGGGUCCUGGCGGUGAUGCGGCGGAGGAUGCCGAGGAGGGUGGUGAUGAUGAUGAUGAGGAUGGGAAGAUGGAGGAUAUCUUCGGUGAGGAUACCGCUAUGGGUGAGGCUGGGGAAGAUGAGGAUCGGAAAAUGACGGAUGCUUGA